AUGCAGACAACCAACGGCUCAGAUUCAACGUCAGCCACUCCUCCCGUCAACCAGACUACUCCUCCUCCUCCGCCGCCUCAUCAGUGGCAACAGCAACAACAGUGGAUGAUGAUGAUGAUGAUGCAACAACAACAGCAGCAGCAUAUGAUGAUGUAUCCUCACCAAUACGCUCCUUACAAUCAUGUUGGUCCUUAUCCUCACUUCCAAUACGCACCGUAUCAGCAAAACCAACACAAGCCGCCACCACAUGAGCGUGGAUCUGGAGAAAACGUCAAGACUCUUUGGGUUGGUGACCUUUUGCAUUGGAUGGACGAGGCUUAUCUCCACACCUGCUUCUCUCACACCAACGAGGUUUCUUCUGUGAAAGUGAUUCGUAACAAGCAAACUCUUCAGUCAGAAGGAUACGGUUUCGUUGAGUUUCUUUCACGUGCUGCAGCUGAAGAGGUUCUUCAGAGCUUUAGUGGCUCUAUAAUGCCGAACUCUGAGCAGCCCUUCCGUCUAAAUUGGGCGUCUUUUAGCACUGGCGAGAAGAGAGCUGUGGAGAAUGGUCCUGAGCUGUCCAUCUUCGUUGGAGAUUUGUCUCCGGAUGUGACUGAUACUGUGUUGCAAGAGUUGUUUGCUGAGAGAUAUCCCUCUGUCAAAAGCGCCAAAGUUGUGAUUGAUUUAAACACUGGUCGGUCUAAAGGUUAUGGGUUUGUUAGGUUCGGUGAUGAGGAUGAGAGAUCAAGGGCUUUGACUGAGAUGAAUGGAGCUUUGUGUUCCAAUAGGCAGAUGAGAGUUGGUGUUGCGACUCCUAAAAGAGCUGUUGCUAAUCAGCAGCAACAUUCUUCACAAGCUGUGGUAGUGGCUGGUGGACAUGGAGCAAAUGGUUACAUGCCUCAUGGCUCACAGUCUGAUGGCGAUUCAAACAACUCAACAAGUGCUGAUGAUGCGAUCCAGAGUUUGAACGGGACAGUCAUCGGCAAGAACACUGUCAGGCUCUCUUGGGGAAGAACACCGAAUAAGCAGUGGAGAGGAGACAAUGGAGGAUACUCACGAGGACAAGGUUACAACAACGGAGGCUACGCUAACCACCACGACUCCAACUCCUACCCUGCCGAGACUUGA